UUACUUCUGCUGCUACGCAUGCGCACGCUAACUUCUGCGAGAAAGCGUGUUAUUUUUACGGCAUUUGACAUUUCAUCGUCUGUUGAUUUUUGAUAAUGUCGACAGCGAGAGGAAAGAGAAGAUUUAACCGAAUAAUAAUGGAGACCUUCGACUUUUACUCCAUUUUGAAAGAUUUUAUUUCGCACAGGGCAUUAAUACCCAAUGUGCCUCAGAAAGAGCGGCGUAAUAUAAAUCGAUGAACUACAAGUAAUAAGGAAGUGCCGGAAUUAUGGCUUCGUGGACGCAUGCGUAGUAGCGGAAGUGACGUUUUCGGUACGUAUAACAUUUUUCUUUAUUUUUGUUGCCAGCGGUAUAGAAGGGAAGGCUCCGGCAUGGAGAUCCCCGUGCUUGAUUUCGAAGUGUAUCGUCUCGGUGAAAAUGUGACGGAUGAGAAGCUGACGGAGCUGAGCCGAGACCUGCGCACAGCUUUCACUGAUGUUGGGUUUGUGUACCUGAAGAACACUGGCAUAGCCCAAGACGAGAUCGAUGAUAUCAUGAAAAUAUCGAAAAAAUUCUUUCUCCUCCCGGAAGAAGUUAAAAUCCGUUUCAGCAGAACCAGCGACACUUAUAACCAUGGUUGGGUCGGACUCGAGACUGAGCGGUUAAAUCCUAGUAGACCGGGAGACUUAAAGGAGGCUUUCAACAUCACCUGUCUCCACCCUGACGCUGGCUGGUCUGCAGAGGAGGUGGUACCAGGUUUCCGCCAGACUAUUGAGUCAUUCUUCAUGCGGUGUAAAGAUCUGUCCCUCCGCGUGCUCAGAGUCAUGGCCUUGAGUUUGGACAUUGACGUGGACAUCUUUGUCAACUCACACAAGAGCAUAGGGAGCAAUUUGAAUAAGAGUACCCUGCGGAUCCUGUACUACCCCCCGGUGAGACAUGAGAUGGUGAAAGAGAGGCAGCUGCGGUGUGGGGAGCACUCUGACUACGGCAGCAUCACCCUGCUGUUCCAGGACAGCAAAGGAGUCCUGCAGGUGAAGAGCAGGUCUGAGGAGUACGUAGAUGCACCUGCCAUUCCUGGUACAGUUCUGAUCAACAUCGCAGACUUGAUGCAGAGAUGGACAAGCGACGUUUUCAUAUCAGCGAAGCACAGGGUUUUGCUGCCCCCUCCUGGUGAUAUGAGUACCAGACAGUCCCUGGCUUUCUUUGGGCAUCCAGAUGACGACUUCACCAUAACUUGUUGUGAUGGAUCCAACAAAUAUCCUCCAGUAAACUCACUGGCCUACCUUUUGGAACGCUUUAAUGAAUCAUUUGGGGAAAUGGAGACAACUUCUUGAAGUGCUGAGCUUGAAAUUUCAAGUGUUCCUAUUAGUAUUUGAUUUUUAUUCUAUAUGAAUCAUUUAAGUCUGGAACAUAGUACCCAAUAAAACAAAAAAGAGAGCCUUAAAUAAUUUUUAAAUGGAUAAAGUAAAGCAUUUUCACUUUACCUAAGUGUAAUCAAAUUAGAAUAGAGAGAAAAGGGAGAAUUAAGCAAAAAAAUCUGCCGUCUGUACAAAUGGUUUGGCACACUCCACCAGAUGCCUUUGGGUUGAAUAAUGCAAAGGGGCAAAGGGCAGUUUGCUCAGACAAUGCAACUUGGUGGGAAACUUACAGAGAGAAAGAGGUAGAGGAGUUACGUCCAGCAUUGUAUGCACAACUGAGCUGUGGCUGGGGACCUUCUCAGAGGAAGCGAAGGAAAACCUCACAGGAUGGGACUAUGCAGAAAGGCGGGACACUAAGUCUCACUGCUUCAUCGUGGUGGAAAUGGUGUCGGACAUGAGAUACCAUUGUGGAGAUACGACUCUUAGAAUUGAUCACAUUUAUAUUAUGUUUACAUAUGGGUGGCAUGGGGGCGGCAUGGUGGUGCAGUGGUUAGCACUGUUGCCUCGCGCCUCUGGGACUAAGGUUCGAGUUUGCCAUGGCUCUGAGUGUGGAGUUUGUAUAUUCUCCCCAUGUCAUUGCGGGGUUUCCUCUGCAUAUUCCAGUUUACCCCCACCGGCCAAAACCAUGCUAAGGCGAAUUGGUAUUUCUAAAUUGUGCAUGUGUGACUGACUGGUGUGAGGUGUGCCCUGUGAUGGGAUGGGAUGCACUAUGCCCAUGGUGUGUGGAAUAGGAUCUUGUCCCCCUUCAACCCUGAAUAGGAUGAGCUGUUAUAGUAUAUUACUAAUUCUAUAAAAAUAAUGUUAUAUUCUGUUCAAGACGACAGAUCAAUCCAUAGGAACUUGCAUCAACUUUGCCUAACCGAAAGAGCACACUCCAGGUUUUGAACAAACAAUUUCCAAAUGCAAGAAAUACUAAACGUAAAACUUAAUCCUCAUCUGCUCUUAAUUUUGAUGCCUUGGAAUAAAUGUUUUUACUACA